AUAUAGUGGGUAGUUUUCUUUCUGCUAAGUGCCAACAUUUGGAACAUUUCACAUUUCUGUUCUGUCGUUCUGUGUAGGUCUAGGUCCUAUCUCUGGUUGUGAUCGACGUUGCAAGUUUACAAAAUUUACAAUUCUUUGCUCUUAUAAAUUAUUCCAGCUCACCAAGUUCUCUUGAAUUGAAGAAAAGUGUGUAAUUUUCGUUCAAGUGUAACAACUAACAAAAUACAUCCCUGUAGUAUCCACAUACAAGAUGAAAUUAACAUUAUAGACCCUUUAAAGCUAUGUUAGGUCAAAAGACCAUAUUUAGUGUUCCUCUGCUGGACAUGAACAGAGAGGAUGAACAAAACCAAGUCGAGGUUAGUGAAGACAUUGAGUGGGUCACAAGAUGGGAUGAAACUUUGAUGCUUGUGGAUUAUGGAGAAGAUGAUUGGUACUGUCUCCACGAUAUAACACUAAGUGGCCAGAUACUGGAGUAUAGUGGACAAGGAGCAAGCAUUCUGGAUGUUGGUUUAGCCCAAGCACGACAGCCACUAAACACUACGUCACACUAUUUUGAAAUUGAAAUACUUGAUCCAGGGAAAAACUGUUUUAUCGCUAUUGGAUUGACCGAAAAGGGCUACCCAAAGAACAGACUACCAGGCUGGGACAAAGGCUCAAUUGCUUACCAUGCAGACGACGGAAAAGUCUUUGUUGGUUGUGGAGUAGGUGAAAAAUUCGGGCCAAAAUGUCAUAAAGGAGACACUAUGGGAUGUGGUAUAUCCUUCCCUGUACCUUUAAGCCAAAAGUCUAAAUCCUGCAGAUUUCCUGCUGAUGAUUUAAGAAGUAACGAUGAAGAAGAUGAAACUGGAGGUUCAGGUUUUGUUGAGGUCUUCUUCACUAAAAACGGGACAAUGGUUGGAGUAAGAAGAGUCAUGCUUCCGUUCGGUGGUUUUCUUCCUUCUGUUGGAAUGUUAAGUUUCCACGAAAAAGUGAAAGUAAACUUAAAACCCCUUACAGGUUGAUAAGUUACGGUGGUUUUAAAAACUAACUGGUUCUGUGAUAUUAAUACUAGUGCACUACUACAGUAUGUGCUUUUAACUAUCAAUACCUGUGAUUUGUUAUUGAACAGUCUUGCCAAAUUCAAGCCAUUCAAGAUUGUGCCUUUAUCCUUAAAAAAUUGUUCAAAGAGUUGGACCAAGGCUGGCUCUUCCACUGGCUAGAACCCACCCUAUUAUAUACUGUAAAGUUGGUUUAUUAAAAUCAAAAUAACAAGCAUUCAACUGAACACAAACACACCAUACAUGCUAGAACCCCCUUACUCAAGUUGCUAUGUAUGGAGGAGUUUUUACAGACAAGCAGAUAUGAUUUGCACUACCCUUUUGCGCCGUGUGAUAGUAAGGGUGUAUCUCAUGUAUAAAUUGAAUCAUUUAGAGAGGCAAGCGAGAUGUGCAUGGCCGUUAACACUCAUCCUCACCACCAUCACUUAACUUAAAUUGUUAUUCUGUAUAGUCAUCUCAAAAAUUUCCGUUAAAUCUCACUUAAUAUAUGUAUUCAGAGUAGAUGAAAAUUUAUGGAAGAAGUUUUCAGUUUCUCCCACCACCCUGUCUCCAUGUCGUCCUAAGUCACGAUCAAUAAGUAUACAUUUGUAAAUUUAUAGGUGAAAACAUAUUUAUGUACAUCCAAAGUAUUCAUACAUGGGAUCACAAAAAUGUGUGUUAUGUAGAACUGCAUUUUAAAAUAAAAAAUGUUAGGUUUGCAAACCUUCAAAACAUAGCACAGUAGUUUACGGUCACUAAAGUGUUCUGAAUAAAUGCAUUAUAUUUUAAUUAAGAAGUAGAUUACAAAGCAACUAUGAAAAAAAGUAAUAUGAUCUACAAAGUGUGUUUUUAAUUGCACAUUACCAAACAACCAGCCAGUGGUCCAGCCUGUUGUAGAAUCUGCCUUGGUUGAACAAAACUAAGCAGUCGUGCUCUCAAAUGUUUGUGUCUAGUGACUAAGACAGGUAUUAUUGUAAUAAGUUUUAACCAUCCAACAGACACAUUCAAUUAUUGACUUGUGAUAUGUGUAACCUAAUACUCAAACACUGUUUACAAUCAAUGCAAUAAACCCAUGAAGAGUGUCAUAAUUUAAGAAA